UUGCACUGUUUGCAUUUCAUAGAAGCUUUUGUCACGUGAUAAACCUUAAUCUGAUGUUAACUAAUGUCCUUAUCGAUAAGUACUGGAGGGCGAAACUUCCCUUCGCGUGGGCGACAUCGAGGCUGUAGCAACGCCUUCCGUCAAGACAUGGACAACACGCUUGCUACUCCUCAGGCUAUUUCAAUGUCGUUGACAUCUCAUACCCUUGCAAUUGGCAAUCCUGGCGAUGUAGAUCCGUCUCAUGACCAAGUUACGGCAAUUGUCGGCAUGUUACUGGAUUCAGACAUAUGCUGUUGCAUUGUUCACGAUUAUGCUCUUAUUUACUAUGGGGCCCGUGCGAAUGCGCGUGACCGAGUGUUAUGCGUCCCAGAUGCCCAGCUUGAGAAGGCUGUUGAGAUCUUCACGUCCAACCAUCAUAUACUAGAGCCAUGCGAACCGUUCCCGCUCCGCCGCCCAGGCUCCCUUGAUCACAGAUUUCCUCGAUUCAAAGCUGUUGGCCGGACAGAUUUUUGGCUACUAUUGCCCGCAAGCUCCUGCCACUUUAUAUGCGAGCCUGAGAACAUCGAAUGGAGUCAAGGAUGCCUACCUUAUCCGAAGCUUCAUGUUAACACCCAGAGUUUGAUAGAUACAAUAAACAGGAUAGACUUAGCGGCCUUAGUUGAUGGCAUGGACCUUUCUGAGGAAUGGGGAAUAGAACAUCUUGACCUUGAGGGCAAUACUGACACAGAAUGGCGGGAAAAUAUGGUAAAAUGCUUUGGGAAAGAUUCGUUAUCAGAGGAUGACUCCAUACUAGCCUUUUCUCGGCCUGUGUCUCGACAGGGACCCCGGAAGGAAUUCGUCUUGACAAAAGAGAGCCGCAUGUCUUGGAACCAAGACCCCCUGGACUACACCACGAGGUUUCUUCUCCGUAAUUCUAAGGGUCCCCGUAUGCGGCGGGGGUUGGGGACAUGA